GGGGGUCACGUGACGCCGCGGCGAGAAGGGGGGCCAGCGGCUGUCGCCGGGUCCGAGGAUGAGGUGGCGGCUCCUGUGGCUCCUGUGCGCCGUCGCCUGGUGGGGCGCCGGCGGCAAGACGCUGCGGGGCGGCUUCGCCAGCGCCGCCGCCCGGCUGGAGCCCUGGCGGCCCGUGGCGCGCUUCCAGUUCCACGGUGACCAUGCCAUUCUGUGUGUCAGAAUCAACAACGUAGCAGUAGCUGUGACAAAAGAAGCUAGACUUCACCUGUUUAAAGCACAGGAAUGGCAGAAGCUGCAGAAUGGUAUCCAACAACACAGCUGUACAGAGAAAUUCACUAAAGCUCAGCUGACAAUGACUGUGAACCACACAGAGCAAAAUCUGACAGUGUCCCAGAUUCCUUAUCCGGAAACAUGGUAUGUGUUUUAUGUAGACAAGUUUACCUGCGAGGAGAAUUAUUCUGAAUCCGAGGAUAUUCAAUUUGAAAUGGUCUUACUAAACCCAGAUGCAGAAGGGAAUCCAUUAGAUCACUUUAGCGCAGGGGAAUCUGGAUUACAUGAAUUCUUUUUCCUGCUUGUCCUAGCAUACUUCUUAACUGCUUGCAUAUAUGCACAGUCCCUAUGGCAAACAAUUAAGAAACGUGGACCUAUGCAUACUGUAUUAAAGGUGCUGUCAGUUGCAUUACUGUUGCAGGCUGGUUCAGCUUUUGCCAACUACCUGCAUUUCUCAAGUUAUUCUAAGGAUGGAAUAGGAGCACCUUUUAUGGGAAGUCUGGCAGAAUUGUGUGACAUAGUCUCUCAGAUACAAAUGUUGUAUUUAUUGUUGAGUCUGUGUAUGGGUUGGACAAUAGGCAGAAUGAAGAAAUCUUAUAGCAGACCUCUUCAGUGGGAUUCCACUCCAACAUCUACUGGCAUUGCUGUAGCAGUUGUUGUUACACAGAGCUUUUUAUUAAUUUGGGAGCAGUUUGAAGACACUAAUCACCACAGCUACCAUUCACACCAUGGCUUAGCAAGUGGACUGCUUAUUGGUCUCAGAGUUUGCCUGGCUUUGUCACUGGCUGCUGGUCUUUACCAGAUCAUCACAGUAGAGAGAAGCACACUGAAAAGGGAGUUCUAUAUCACGUUUGCCAAAGCCUGCAUUCUCUGGUUUUUGUGCCACCCAUGUCUUGCAACCAUUUCUGUAAUAUUCAGAGAAUAUCAAAGAGAAAAGAUUAUUACUAUAGGUGUUAUCCUCUGUCAGUGCAUCUCCAUGGUUAUCCUCUACAGACUUUUUCUAUCUCAUAGUCUAUAUUGGGAAGUAUCUUCACUGUCAUCAGUGACAUUGCCACUAACAGUAUCCUCUGGACAUAAAAAUCGACAUCAUUUCUGAGAUGUUUAGGAAGAAUAUGUUAUGUAAUAAAUGUGCAAUAAUGACCUUAAUAUACAGAUAUUUUUGUCACAGAUAUGAUACAUUGGUUUCAAUGGAAAACUGAAUGUUAUGAACUGACCUUCACUCUGACAAGGUUCCUAGAUUAGUCUGUUAAAAUGUUGUGGAGUGGAAAAUUCCAAAAUCUAAAUACUGUUAUGAAGAUUCUUUAUGUGUACCAUGUGGUGCUGUGCUACAUGACAGAAUGACUGUUUUCUCUCCCAUUUAACAGCCAUGAAAAAAUCCUUGCUUUUUAUCAAUACUGGGUUUGAAGGUCUUACAAAAUGCAGUUCUUAAAAUGACUACAAGCUCAAACAAGUCAGAAAGAGGCCAGUUGUGAAAUUGGUGUGAUGCAUAACAAUGAAUACAGAUUCUUUCUAUUUUCAUACUUUAGAGAAAAUGCAUUUUAUGUAUAAAAGAAGGGGAAACAAAAGAGGGAGAGUCCUCUAGGGAACCCAUAUGAAAUGUUUGUAGCAAACUGCAGGAAACUUUCCUGUAUUAUUGGUGUAAAACAAGAGGGGUUUUUUUUUGCCACUAAUGUUCAUAUUGGUUAAAGUUUUAAGGAGAAUGGCAGUAGGGCUUUUAUUUGCCUUUUUUUGAAAUAAAGGUGACUGAAAGUACUAGUAAUGAAGGUCUAAACAAUAUCUGCAGCUUACAAGACAUGGCAAUAUAAAGGUAAUUAAAACAGCAGACUCACAUUUUCAAAAAAAGAAAAAAGGUGGGGGGGAGCAAAGAAGGUGGAAUGGGUGAUGUGGUACUAGAAUUUUAAUCCUGAUAUAAUUCAUUUCUCUUACAUUGAGGAUUCAAUCAUAAUUAAGCCAUAUACACAGAUUAAAUUAACAGAAGCAUUUCAAAUAAAUGUUGGUUUCAGUCAUCAACUACCCAUGAAUUCCUGCCCAAGGAUACUUAAUCAGGAUUAAAUUUUCUAUGAAUAAUUGAAAAACAAAAUACUCACUGGAUUUGUUAUAAUCCAUGUUGGCACUGGGUUCUAAGUAGUUGCCAUCUUCCAUCCAUUGUAAUAAAGCCGUAGUACUUUGUGAUGCCCUAGCAUUCAGAAAGCCAGUGUAAAUAUAUACUUUAUUGAAGUGCCUAUUUAUUGAGUAUGAUUAAAUCAUGCUGACAUUUUUUUCCUUUUUAAUAAGAACAUUCUUAUUACCUCUGUGAUUGAAAUCUUUUUGUCUGGAUUUAGUAAUUUGUUAAAUUUUAGACCUGUUGUCAUACAUGUGUUUCUUCACAGCAUUGUUUUUAUUUGCUAGUAAAUGAAUGUUCAUUUCUUCAUAA